UUGACUAAGUGCUUCUGUUUACAGGGAGCAUUAGCGAUUCAUUGGCUUGCAAAAGUCACGAAAUUUCCUGUUUGACGAGCAUUCGUAUCCACAGAGCAUAAAAGCUUGAUCAGUUGAGUGUAUUGGUAGUUUGGUACUAGCUUCACAGAUUGGCAUCAUGCAUUUCUGCGUGUUUGGUUUCCUGAAGAGGCACAUCAUCAAGCAAAUAGGUGUGCGGAGAAUACAAAAACCAUUUCAGACUGCUGGAAAAGCUAAAUCAACAUCAGCUGCAGAUGAUAACAUAUAUGAAGAUGAUUCGGUGAAAGGAUCAAUUCUGAGCUCACCAUUAGUUGAGUUCAGCACUGUUUAUUCAGCAACGAACAAUUUCAGUGACAAGCUUGGCGAAGGUGGAUUUGGUUCAGUUUACAAGGGAAUACUACCAGAUGGCCAAGAAAUUGCUAUUAAGAGGUUAUCUAAAAGCUCCGGGCAGGGAUUGGAAGAGUUCAAGAAUGAGGUGACGGUUCUAUCCAAGUUGCAGCACCGGAACUUAGUGAGGCUUUUUGGUUGUUGUAUUCAUGUAGAAGAGAAGAUGAUGCUGUAUGAAUACAUGCCCAAUAAGAGUCUUGACUCGUUUAUUUUCAAUGAAAGUAAGAGGCCUUUAUUAGGUUGGAAAUUACGAUACAAUAUAAUUCAGGGAAUUGGAAGAGGGUUACUGUACCUUCAUCAGGAUUCCAGGCUGAAAAUUAUUCAUAGGGAUCUCAAAGCAAGCAAUAUUUUACUAGAUGAUAAUUUCAACCCCAAAAUAUCCGACUUUGGCAUGGCUAGAAUUUUCGGUGAACACCAGCUUCAAGACCUCACUCGCCGAAUCGUUGGAACCUAUGGCUACAUCUCCCCGGAGUAUGCGAUGGAGGGUAAAUACUCUGAGAAAUCUGACGUCUUCAGUUUUGGCGUGUUGAUCCUAGAGAUUGUGAGCGGCAGGAGGAACAGCUCUUUUGUCGAUGAAGAAUGGUCAAUGAACCUCUUGGGCUAUGCAUGGACCCUGUGGAAGGAAGGCAGUGUCUCAGAGCUUAUUGAUCCACUGAUGGGCACCACAUACACUUAUGAUGAAGUCUGCAGAUGCAUUCAGGUGGGUCUCUUGUGUGUUCAGGAGUUACCAGGUGAAAGGCCAACCAUGUCCAUAGUUCUCAGGAUGCUGAGUGGUGAUGUCACAAUUCCAUCUCCAAAGCAAGCUGCAUUUUUUGUUGGAAGGGUUCCUCGUCUUGCUGCAGAUGACAACUAUACUGGAUCAGAUAAUCAACUAACCUACACGGACCUUCAGGGCAGAUAGUCUCGCUAUUUCAGGCUGCUGAAGUUUCAUACCGUAUUGUCCAUAUGGCCUUGCAUUGUAUCGCUAGAUUUGUUGUUUCCCUACUCUUCCUUCAUCCUUCCUAUUACUAAUUAAGUUUGUAUUUGUACGAAAUACUUAGUCCAAGAGAUAGUAUUCGGGGUAUAUUGUGUAUUUGGGAUUUUUUAUUGUAUAUAUAUGUGUGAAUGUUUUAAAUCGUAUGAGGUUCUUGUGAACUGGUA